AUGGAUAAGUCUUGGGUUUGGCUUCCAAGGACUAGCCUUGAGUAUGAGCAGGGAGCCACAGAUUUUGUUUAUGGAUCUUCUUGGAGGUUAGGUGAUCCUCCAAACAUGUUUUGUCCAUGCCUGGAUUGCCGAAAUCUGUGUCACCAACCUAUAGCAACAAUUCUGGAUCAUCUGGUUAUUAGAGGUAUGGAUCAGAAGUACAAACGGAAUAGAUGCUGGACUAAGCAUGGAGAGAAAAGAGAUUUGAAUGUAGGCGAGGAACAGACUUCUGAAUUUGAAGCGUACGAGUUGUUCAGAGCUGCUUUCUUCGACGGUGAUGACAGUUCAAUACCACGGAGUAAUAUAACAGAGGAUGAUUGUCUUCAAAAUGAGGAAGACUCAGAGUUUGUGAAGAAGCUGAGAGACGCUGAAACUCCUCUGUACAACACAUGUCGCAAACACACCAAAGUUUCUGCUAUCAUGGGGCUUUACAGAAUAAAGGUGAGAAGCGGGAUGUCAGAGAACUAUUUUGAUCAGCUUCUUAAGUUAGUUCAGGAGAUGUUACCUGAAGAUAAUGUGCUUCCCACGUCAACAGAUGCGAUGAAGAAGUUCCUUAAGACAUUUGGUUUUGGCUACGAGAACAUUCACGCAUGCAAGAAUGACUGCAUCUUAUACCGGAAGUAG